UCUUGCUGCGGCGGGAAGAGGUCGGCGCUCCAGGGAGCUCCCUGAGAGGGAGCGGCUGGCGAGGCUGCGGCGGCUCAGGGGGCAGCCCUCCCGGGGGGAGCCUGGGCGCCCUCACACAGAACGGCCGCGGCUGCCCCGUUGGCUGCUGGGUGCAAGUUCUUUGGCAGCUGUAAAGGAGAUGUGUCCUUGGGCCACCAUGGUGGGCAUAGCGAAAGCAGAGAGAAACAUCUGGAGGAUGCAGAUGGAAAAUUCAAGUGCAACAUUUCUUUUGUUUUGCUGCUGAGUGAAGCUCAUCUUUUCAUCCCUUGAAGGGCAGCUGCAGAAACAGAGAAAUUUUACUGUCCCAAAUGGACCCUGAUUAAGAAUGGAUUUUGUUCCACUCCACUCAGAACUUCAGCUCAGGAGGAAGAUGAAAGACAGUGUCACUGAAGAACACCUAUAUUUGGGUUUUUCUCAUCAGUAUAGAGAUAGUAUCUUUCCCCUUCAUACAUCUGUUUCACUGUUUUUGCUAUCCUACUGUGACUGCAAAUUAUUCAAAAUUUUCUUAGUGCCAACUAGAGAAGAUGUGGAUGAUCAGUUUGUGACAGAAAACCUCCUUGGCGAUCUUGAUGUCCAUGUAAUCUCCAGAAGCGAGCUUCCAGUAGUUGUGCAGAGCUGCUGUUUACCUGCUGUUGUUGUGAAAGACGGGAAGUUCUGCCGAGCUGGGCUUUCUGUUGUCUUAAGGCAUGUAAUACAGAAAACAUAUGAGGCAGAUCCAUCUAAAAAGGAUCUUUUGGAACUCUUAGGCUUUAAGCAGACCUGCUUAAAAGCCUGUGCAGAAGUUAGCCAGUGGACCAGACUCUGUGAGAUCAGCAUACCUCUGGCUGUUGAAGAAUUUUUGGCGGCAUCUCCUGAUCACUGUCAGACUAUUCCUCCUGCCAUUUUACAGCUUGAAAGGAAGCUCGGAGAGCCUGUCCGAGUACAUAAUGAUGACAAAAUUCGAAGGCAGAAACUUCAACAACAAAAGGCUGCAGUGCCUCUACUUGCUAAAGCAGUCACAGAGGAAAAAAGGUCACUGGAAAUGCAUGAACAUCCAAUCCCAAGUUUGGAACUGAGCAUAGCUUUCUCCAAGAUACUUGUCCCGGAAGCAUCAGAUGCAGUCAACAGGGAGGCUGCUCACAUCAGGAGAACAAAAACCUCAGACCUUCCACUUUUGGACCACAUUUUUGCAGAAGGGCUUUAUUUUACCAUUGCAGACAUCGUGCUUUUGCCAUGCAUUCAUCAGUUCUUGGUUUCCUGCAAAACCCAAGGCAAAAAUCUUUUAAAUUUGCCUCUGAUAUCCAGCUGGUAUCAAAGAGUUCAAGAAGUACCUGGAGUAAAGACAGCAGCUGCCAAAUGCAGUAUGGAGUUUCUCCAGCUUCCAGAGUUGAAGUCUGCUUCAGAAGAACAGUUACAAGACUUCUCUUCAGUUCCUGAUAAAUUAGAAGAGGAGAAUGAAGACAAUCAUUUUAUAGGUGGUCCAAGGCCAACUAUGACUAAGUUAAUGGAGAAUGGUGUUGAAGCAAAGUUUGCUCCUCAUCCAUGCCCCACUUGGACCCUAGACUGGACCCAUCUACCAUCUGCGGUCAGUCCUGGAGAAGGAAAGAUGUCCAAAGACCGGGCUCUAAGGAAGCAGCAGCAAUUGAAUAAUUUGGCAUCAGCAGUGACAAAGCUUGCUAAGCCUGGAGAUGUGAUUGUGGAUUUUUGCAGUGGAGGGGGCCAUGUUGGAAUUGUUCUUGCUCACAUGAUGCCAUCAUGUCAGGUGGUGCUCAUAGAAAAUAAGGAGUUGUCUCUGAUCCGUGCUAAAGACAGAAGUGAUGAAUUAGGUUUAAACAAUAUUUGGUUCAUUCAAGCAAAUUUGGACUAUUUUAAUGGGACUUUUAAUAUUGGGGUGGCUCUGCAUGCAUGUGGUGUGGCAACAGACAUGGUGAUCGAGCACUGUAUCAAGGCACAGGCAGCCUUUGUCAUCUCCCCUUGUUGUUAUGGCUUCAUUCAAAACACAGUGAAGUUUCAGUACCCACGAAGUCGUCUCUUCAAAGAAAUUUUGUCCUAUAAGGAGCACAUGACCCUUUGCAGAUUUGCAGAUCAGACAGCUGUUCAGCUUCCACCUGAACGGAAGCUAAUUGGAAAGCAGUGUAUGGGGCUCGUGGAUUUGGAUCGGGCAUUGGCUGCAGAAGAGCAGAAAUACUCUGUCCAAGUUAUAUCUAUGGAGCCAGAGAGUUGUUCUCCAAAGAACAAUAUGAUUGUGGGCAUCCCUACUUAGAGUGCAAAACUUGCAUUUGAUUUGAAGUUGAACAUCAAUCUUCAGUGCAUAAUGACAUCCAGCAGAUACAAGCAUAGCUGGGAACCAGACGUUGGACCCAUUGCAUUUGAAAAAGGAAGCAGCAUAGAAAGUCUUAAAAAGUGAGCUGCAUGCAGAGCAUCACAAAUCACACUUGUAAUGUGUCAUUAAGCAACUUUUGGUUCGCUUCCUGAGAAGCUUCUGGAUCUAAUGACUGGUGUGGAAUCAUAUCCAUCUGUAAAGGUUUAAAAAACAGUUGGUCUUGUUGAAGAGAAGGUGAUUUCCUUUUUAGUACAGCUGUCUUGGCUGCUUCAAAAUUACAUCCGUGGUCAAAACUGCAUUUGUGUUCAUAAGCAGAGCAGUUAUCAGCCAAUAAUGCAGAUCGUUAGAGGAACAAAAAAGAUCAAAUUUAUGGUGUCAGUGAAGAAGACUGUGCAACAGGUGGUGGCUUGACUUUGCUAAAGAAUGCCAAACUUCCAUAGGAAGAUUAUUUUUAAUAAAAGUUCAUUGGAAUA